AUGAGUGGUAAAGGUGCCAGCGCUGCACACGAUGAUCUUAUGGAAGCAAUAAAGAAGCUGAAGACAAGUGCGGUGCAAGCUGUUGGAGAAGCAAAUGCAUUGCCGAUGCGAGCCGAGGGAUAUGAACUGUAUGCGAGUUUUCCAGCCUAUGUAAAUCUUAUGACCGAGCAGCAACGGAGAAUCACUGUCCUACUACGUAAGGUGCUGCGAAAUGCAGGUUGUCGAUCAGUAGUACCAAUGCGAAUUGAUGAUCUGGAUGAGCUGCUUGAACGAGUUAUCGAAGCAAACGACAGCAUCUGUGAUCGAGCUGUAUGCUCAUUUUACUUUUUGCUUUCAGUUGCAAAUGAGAAAAUCGUAAGAUUCAUACCAAACACAGCAUGCAGGUAG